AGGAGGGACUUUUAUUCGUGCGCUGGUUUCUUCUGAAUUCACAGUUUUCUAUCAGACAAAACCCAGCAUCUUCUUAAGCACCUUCCAUUUCUAUAGUCAUACCCUUACCUAACUUAUACACAAUAAUAGAAUCAUAACAGUAAUAGUUUUACUUUAUUUCUACAUUUCGUGUCUCUUCACACUUCCUCAAGGGUGGUACUGAAGAAAAUGGCGUUCAGGCUCAGUUCCGGCGACGUCACCGGAUUUAAGUUCCUAUUUUCUCUGGCGAUUAUGUAUGGUCUCAUGUCGGCGCUUUGUUACUCUAUCAUUCACAUGAAGUUUAUUAAGCCGUUAGAGAUCGACGCUCCUCUUGAUCGCUUCUCCGAGGCUAGAGCCGUUGAACACGUUCGAGUUUUAACUCAAGACGGUCGCCAAGAAGGGCGUCAAGGCUUAAGAGAAGCUGCUAUAUAUAUUAAAGAGCAGUUGGUAAUUAUCAAGGAGAGAGCUGGAUCGAACGUCAGAAUUGAGAUUGAAGAGAAUGUUGUUAAUGGUUCUUUCAAUAUGAUAUUUCUAGGACACAGCAUAUCUUUGGGGUACAGAAACCAUACUAAUAUAGUCAUGAGGAUAUCUUCCGCAGAUUCAAAAGACACUGACCCAUCAGUUUUAAUUAAUGGCCAUUUUGAUAGUCCACUUGGUUCACCAGGAGCUGGUGACUGUGGUUCAUGUGUCGCAUCGAUGCUGGAACUAUCAAGAGUUAUUGUAGACUCCAGUUGGACCCCCCCUCGGCCCAUUAUUUUCCUUUUUAAUGGUGCAGAGGAGCUUUUUAUGUUGGGUGCACAUGGCUUCAUGAACUCAUAUAAAUGGCGUGAUUCAAUAGGAGCUUCAGUUAAUGUGGAAGCAUCAGGGACAGGAGGUCCUGAUUUAGUCUGCCAAUCUGGACCUAGUGCUUGGCCUUCCCUAGUCUAUGCCCAGUCUGCAAUAUACCCCAUGGCACAUAGUGCUGCUCAGGACGUUUUUCCUGUUAUUCCCGGAGACACAGAUUACAGAAUAUUUUCCCAAGAUUAUGGAAACAUUCCCAGCCUGGAUAUUAUCUUUCUUCUUGGUGGUUAUUACUACCAUACCUCUUAUGAUACAUUGGACAAACUACUACCUGGAAGCAUGCAAGCACGUGGGGACAAUUUGUACAAUAUACUUAAAGCCUUUACAAAUUCUUCUAAGCUGCGGAAUGCCCAAGAAAGAGAUGCUAUGAAAGCUACUUCUGAUGAUUAUAAGGAUGAGCGAGCUGUUUUCUUUGAUUACUUAUCAUGGUUCAUGAUUUUCUAUUCAAGAAGGGCAGCUUUGGUACUUCAUAGCAUUCCCAUUGCUAUCUUUCUUGUUAUGCCAUUCUUUUUGCGUUUUCUGGAUUCAGGGUUAUGUUCUGGGUUUGCAACCUUCUUUGAUUUUGUGAAAGGAUUGCUGUUACAUGCUGCUGGGAUUAUAAUGGCAAUUAUUUUUCCAGUUGCCUUCUCCAUUUUGAGGUUAUUUUUCUCUAGCCAUGCCAUGAGCUGGUUUGCUCAUCCAUGCCUGGCUUACAUGAUGUUCAUUCCUUGCUCACUUGUUGGUUUGUUGAUCCCAAGAACUAUUUGGAGUUGUUUCCCCCUCUCUCAGGAUGCCUCAGUUCUCAAGAAAUCGAAGGAGGAACUUUCUGCUGAAGCUUGGUUUUGGGGAGCAUUUGCAUUUUAUGCUUGCUUAACUUUGGGUUAUCUUGUAGCUGGGCUCAGUGGAGGGUUCUUGACCUUUAUAGUGUCAGCCUUCAUGCUACUUGCAUGGAUCUUCUUUAAUGUAUAUAUCAAGUCUUACGGCCAUGAAUCUCUUCGGUCAACGGUCAUCUAUCUGAUACCUUUAAUUCCAUGCAUCAUGUACUCUACAUAUUUUGGUGGAUUUCUCGUCCAAUUUUUAGUUGAGAAGAUGGGUAUGAUGGGUGCUGUUCCUCCACCUUAUGGAUAUUAUAUUACUGAUGUUCUAGUGGCAGCAACAAUAGGAGUUGUAACCGGUUGGUGUGUGGGCCCUCUGAUACCUAUUGGUGGUCGUUGGUUGGCUAGGUCCCCCAUACUGCAAUUCUUGUUGCACACUAGUGUGCUUGCUUUGGCUCUCUCAUCACAGUUCUUUCCCUACAGCAACACUGCCCCUAAGAGGGCUGUUUUUCAGCAUACGAUUGUUACUGUAGAUGGAAAUAGAGUCGUCAACUCCAGCUAUGAUUUUUCUGUGGUGGAUUCCAAUUCUUUGCUUUUUCUUUUUAAACAUGUACCUGAAGUGGCAAAGGCUUUGCACGUUGGUCCAGAUUUUUCUUUCCAAACUGCUAAUAUUUCUCACCGCAAUACUUGGAUGGCACUUUUUCCAGUAUCUCAUUUGUUCUCAAGAAGUUUGAAGUUCGCUGCAAAGAAGGAUGAUGUUAUGAAACAAUAUAGAUAUUUCCCCAAUUUGUCUACUUACAAACCUCAUGAUAUUUCUAAUGAGGGAUCUCGGAGAAUUCACUUGGAACUUUCCUUAGGCGACUUAGAGGAGAUCUGGGUUGCAGUUCUUAACAUUACUGGUCCUUUAUCGAGCUGGUCACUGGCAGACAAUAUACUACCCGCUCCGGAAGCAAUUGAUGGUGGUCCUCCAUCAUACAUAUGUAGACUUAGCGGAGCUAGUGAUGAUAAAUGGACCUUCUGGUUAGAGGCAAGCAAUUCUAAUGAUUUAAGAGUGGAACUUGCUGUGGUAGAUCAAGUCUUGUUUGAUGGAGCUAAAAAUUUGAAGGGCCUUUUCCCUGAUUGGGUUGAUGUCACUGCUUAUUCUAGCUUUAUGUCUAGCUAUACAUUUUAGUUCUCGUGGAUCUAACGAAACAUAUGGUGAUAGAACAUUUAUUUAAUAAACAAAAAUUUCACAGUAUGAUAAUGCACUUCUGAAAUUCUUA